AGGUCAUCCCCAACGGAGGUUUUAAGGAGGAGGUUUUAAGAAAAAGUAGGAAAAAAAUAAAUCAGAAAAGAAAAAAAAAGAGAAGAGCUCCUCUUAUUUAGUAUACUCGAUUUUGGAUUAGAGACUGUGACGUGUAGGCGCAUAGUUGGGUAAAAAGUUUAAUCGAGAGCAAAUUUUUUUUUUUUGCAUUGUGUUCUUUCUCUUCCUCUCUCUCUCUCUCUCUCUCGCAAAUCUCUCAAUCGGAGGAGAUUUAAUCGGUUGGAAUAGUUGGAGAUGGAGUCGGAGAAGACUGGAAUCGAAGGAGAUUGAACUGGAAUCGAGUCUUGUUCCCAGAUUGAAUCUUAGUCAGUAUGAGGAACACAUGAACCGUGGAGCUGGGAUCUAUGCUGUUCUUGUGCAUCAAUUUGAAGGACAUGUCGCUGGUUGGUCUUCCUUCAAAUUAUCUUAUCCCUCUCACUUACAAUGUUCCCAUCACUAGACAUCGCACCUUGCGAUUUUGCAGGAUAAAGAAGCAGAGAAAGAGGGUGAUGGUUCGAGGAGAGGGCUUCGGGCUUCGGUUCCCUGCAAAUUCUCCACGAACACGAACAAGGUGUACUAGUUUUAUUUUGUUGCAGGCUUGGCUUGAUAUUGUAAGCAAGAAAGAUAUGUUGAGGAUUGUUGUUUUGUUUGAUAGCUUACCAACGGAGUUGGAUUUUGAGAGGACACGAGGGAGACAAAUUGCACAAGAGACAAGUGGAAAAGUUCAGUAUGGUGGAGGGCGUCAACCUGCAGUUUUAAGAACCUUCAGUCAAAGACUCUGUAUUUUUUCACCCUCGCCGCUGGAAUCCCGCAAGCUGAUGCAAACUGCAGCAUGUUCGUGAAUAUCUCAUCCUACGAUGCGAGUUACUAAGAAGUGUGUGAGCUCGGUUAUUCUGAAAAUUGAUCUGACAUUGUUUUGUUUUGGACAACUUUGGCAUGUUUUCAUUUUUGUUUCAAUGUAGACUGCAUUUAUUUGUUU